AUGAGCAGGAAUGCAGGGAAUGCUGACUCGGUGACUUGUGAUGAGCGCAUCCUGAAGGACUGCUAUCAGAUGUACACCAAUGUACACAACGGAUUAAUAACAAUAGCUCAGUCUGUUGGUGUGACUUUGCUGCCUCCGAGGAAGAAGAUCACUGUGAUGCUAACGGGGAACUACUCAGCUGGGAAAAGCUCCUUCAUCAACUGGUAUGUAGAGGAGUAUAUCCAGAAGACUGGAGCUACGUCUGAGACACAGGGCUUCACUUUGAUUACUAGUGGCUGCAAGAGAGAGUCUCUUACGGGUAAUGCAACCUUCCAAUUGUAUCCACACUUGAAGCCACUUCAGGAGGUUAAAGGUGUGUCUGAAUACGUUGGCACUGAGAUCUGCACUUCUCUGCAGAAGCGUUUUAGUUUGGUGACUUUUGUGGACACUCCUGGACUGGUGGAUGGUGAUAUGAAGUACCCCUUUGAUGUGGACCAAGCCAUCCUUAGGCUAGGUGAUGUGUGUGAUUUGAUCCUGGUCUUUUUCGAUCCAAUGGGACAGACUCUGGGCAAACACACUCUCAACAUCUUGAAGCAACUCAGUGAAAGGCAGGGAGAUCGACUCUGCUUUUACCUCAGCAAAGCUGACGAGGCUGGGGGAGAGUCAGACAGACAGAGAGUGAUGAUGCAGGAGUUAUGUAAACAUCCAGGACUCAACAAGUGUGGCUUUGACAUGCAUACUAUCUAUAGCCCUAAUCCUAACAAGCCCAGUCAAUGUGCCAAUCAGAUCGAGGAGGUGUGUCACGCCAUACAGAAGACCAUCAACCAGACAGUGCAGAACACACUCAACACACUGGAGAAGGACUGCGAGCUCAUCUGCGAGGCUGUUACUGAUACGCUCAACAAUGACCAGCAGUCAUGCAAGGAGAACCGGAACAUUGGCAGUUUGAGCUGUGUCCUGAGCCUGCUGGCCUUCGGUGUGAUGUUGCUCUUUACUUUGCUGCUGGGCAUCCUCUACUCUGAGGUGAUGGAGUUGGCACUGGGUGCUUCUGCAACUGAGACACUACUGCUCUAUCUGGCUCCAGUCAUAAGGGUGCUUGAUUCUGUGCCAAUGCAAAUUCAGCUCAUUAUUUGCGGCUUUUUGAUGCAACUUUCCGUAAUUCUCCUCAUCCUGGCUUUCCUCCUCUUUCACACUAAGCCAACUCUGUCUGAAAAACAAAAGAUACAGUUGCAGGAAAAAUUGGAGUAUGUGCAGGAAGUGGUGAAACCUACAAAGAAGAAGCUGUAUGAGGAGUACCUCCGACAGAGUGUUGGUGACCAGGAUACAGACUAA